CCCAAGUAGCAGCAUGCAGAAGACAAGCACCUUAGUAGUCCUGGUCAUCGUGGCUCUCUCUGCCAUCACAGAAGCGGCUCCUGGAGCCAAUGGAUGGCAUCCGUUGCCGACAUCACGUCCCAUUCGCUUCCGCCGCCAAGUGUUGGGCGGAUCCCUGAGCUCCAAUCCCGCUGGUGGUGCCGAUGCUCGCUUGGAUCUCACCAAGGGUAUUGGCAAUCCCAAACACAAUGUCGUAGGACAGCUCUUCGCUGCGGGAAACACACAGUCUGGGCCAGUUACCACUGGUGGUACUUUGGCCUAUAAUAACAAUGGCCAUGGUGCCUCUUUGACCAAAACCCAUACGCCCGGAGUGAAGGAUGUCUUCCAGCAGGAAGCCCAUGCCAACCUCUUCAACAAUGGCAGGCACAAUCUGGACGCCAAGGUCUUCGCCUCGCAAAACAAGCUGGCCAAUGGCUUCCAGUUCCAGCGCAACGGAGCUGGUCUGGAUUAUUCCCACAUCAAUGGACAUGGUGCUAGCAUCACCCACAGCAAUUUCCCUGGAAUUGGAAAGCAACUGGGAGCUGAGGCUCGCGCCAACCUGUGGUCUUCGGCGGAUCGUGCCACUCGCUUGGAUCUGACAGGAUCGGCCAGCAAGUGGACAAGCGGACCCUUCGCCAACCAGAGGACUGAUUUCGGAGCUGGCCUGGGAUUGUCUCAUCAUUUCGGUUAA